AUGCGGCCAGUAGAUGUGCAGAAGAAGCAUGAGAAAGUGCUACUCGACCGACUCGGUAAACAGCAUAAAGCCUAUCGAGAAGAGUUACAGAAGAAGAAUGCUGAGUGUAGAGGUAGGUUCUAUCCAGGUCCUCAUCAGGAUAUUGUGCCUGGUGACAAGGUUAGAAUAAGCAAGUAUAAAAAUACUUUUGACAAGGGAUAUCUAGCCAAUUGGACAAAUGAGCUGUUCACAGUAACACGUGUACGUCCCACAGUACCUGUAACAUAUGUAUUGGAAGACUAUAGAGGUGAGCCUAUUCAAGGAGGGUUUUACUCUGAAGAAAUUGUGAAGAAAACAGUGCCAAGUGUCUUUGAGAUUGAAAAGGUUUUAAGGAAGAGAGGGGACAAGCUGCUAGUGCAUUGGAAAGGAUACAGUUCAAGUCACGACUCGUGGAUUGACAAAAGUGACUUGAUCUAG